UGUUUCAAAUGAAAAUCGUAAACAAGAUCAAUUACAAGCCGAUGAACUAAACAUUCGAAAAACUUUUGAAACUUAUAUUGAUCAUGUUUCUAUACUUUUAGUUGAUCAUAAAUUUAAUCGAAGUAAUCCUGAACAUUUGUUAUACCUUCGUGUAAAAACUUUAACUGCUCUUCGUCAUGUCGAUGUCAAUCGAAAGCGAGAUAUCAUUUUAUUUCUUCAUGAAAGUCGAUUGAUACGAAGUGAUAUACCUGAUACUGAACGACUUAAUUUGAUUAGUGCUGAUCUGCAAAAUGUUCAAUUUCUUGGAUCUCCAGAUACACCAUAUCAACUCGACUAUAUCUAUUUACCUGGUAUCUAUGCACCCAAUAUUGUUUUCAGUUGGUGUUCAUUGAAAUAUGCUGUUUUUGAUCAUGCUUCAAUGUCAAAUGUUCAAAUUCUCAAUUCAACUAUUUCAUAUAGUAGUUUUUAUCAAAUUAAUGCACCUAAUGCCAUCAUAGGUGAUAUUAUUUUUCAUCGGAACAAUUUCAGCAAUGCAAUACUUAUUGGAACACACUUUGCCGGUAUUAUCGGUUGGAAAGAAGGAGUUUUUUUGACUAAUGCUGAUCUGUUUGUUAGUUACACUUUUGAAGAAUCAGCACUCAAUUUCCAUAAUUAUGAUAUCAAUUCACUUAAUUUUCAAAACUUACGUUUUCCCGAUGGAUCAUUUCGAUCAAUUGAUUCGUCGAAUCUCAUUGAUGAUGGCGGAGCAGAAAAAGGAGUAGGUUUCAUUUUAUAUUUUUGA